AAGGAGCGACUCCACCCAGCCAGAAAGCGGGCAAAGGUAACUUGGCAGACAGGAGUCAGCCUGCUACCUCAGAACUGCUCUGACUCCAACCUCUUUUUCCAGGGCACAGGGCCAGCAGCCAGUGGCGCGAAAAAGUCCUUGUAACUGUAUGUAAAUGAGUUGGCUGUCCUUAAAUACGCAGUCAGUGCUGAACUCACUCACUCCGGGAUGGAGCUGCUACCCCUGCGCUGUUUCACGUCCCUGCUGCUUCUGCUCCUGCCUCUGCUGGCAGCCGGGCUCCGGGCACUGCUGGCCGAUGCUCACUCCCUCUGCUACAACAUAACUGUCAAUCCCAAGGCCAGACCUGGACAGCAACGGUGUGAUGUUCAAGGUCACGUGGAUGACAGGAGGAUUCUGCACUGUGACUGCAGCUUCACUAAGAUCAGCUUUUUUGACCCCCUUGGGAGGGAAGUGGAUGCCAUUGACAACUGGGCAGAGCAGACAGAAAUGCUGCGAGAUGUGGUGGACGCCCUCAACCAGCAAGUGGCUGAAAUGAAACGUUCCACAAGCAAGGAUCCCCUGAGCCUGCAGGGCAGGAUGUGCUGCUGGCGUGGAGCCAGCGGCGGCAGGCACGGGUCCUGGCAGUUCAGCUUCGAUGGACAGAUCGGCCUCCUCUUUGACCUGGACGCCAGAAUGUGGACAGAGGUUCAUCCUGGGGCCAGCUGGUUGAAGACAACCUGGGAGAAUGACAGGCAGCUGACUGAGUUCUUGCGGAAGGUGUCCGUGGGAGACUGCACAAGGUGGCUGGGGAACUUCUUGUUGCCCAGGGAGGAGAUGCUGGAGUCUACAGCGCAGCCACCCACAACCUCAGGAGCCGUCCCAUCCAAGGUCACGGCCACCAUGCCCAUGUCCUGGACUUUUCUCCUGCUCCUCACCGGCUCAGUCCUCCUUGUCAGGUGUUUUCACUAGCUUGACCCGUGCAGUUGAUGCAAGAUGUGAUAUGGAAGCUUGAAGAACUUGAGGCAAAUGGGAUGGAGACAUUGGGCUGCCAGAGAAGGCUGAU